UUACCCCCUCUGCUAAAAUAAACCCAAUGAGGUAAGCGCUGGAGGCGUUCUGGGAUGAGUUUUAUACAGACUGUUCCUUCUCUACUGAGGAGUCCCAGCUCCAGUUCGGGACAAAACCCCACAAGAGCAGCUCCGACGUCCAGCACACCGACAGGCAAAGGAAGAUGAUGAUGAUGCAGUCAGGCCUGGAUGACGUGACCAAGCAGAGGAUGUUGCAGGCGAGGGCUCUGUCCAGUGAGGCCAAGGGAGGACUGAACCUGGGGAAGAAGAUCAGCGUUCCAAAAGACGUGAUGAUGGAGGAGCUCAACCUCCCCUCUAAUCGAGGCUCUCGCAUGUUUCAGGAGAGACAGAGGAGGGUGGAGAAGUUCACGCUGGAGAACGCCAGCGAUGGUGCUCACAACACCAGCAACGUUCAUCUGGAGGCCGUUCCUCCCCCACAGAUCACUCCAGGGCCACAGGGAGGGAAAGAGAACCAGGCUUUCUCCAUCCCUGGAUAUUCUGGCCCCCUGAAGGAAAUUCCUCAUGAGAAGUUUAACACAACAGUAAUCCCCAAAUCCUACUGCUCCCCAUGGAGGCAAGCUUUGGGAGACAAUGAGGAGCUGAUGAACGCCAUCAAUGCCCAGCUGCCCCAGCUCCCACAAGGGCUACAGCCGGCCAACUACAGGUGCUUCAACAGAUCUCCAAGGCCAUUUGGAGGCACUAUGACCAGCAAGAGGGUGAUUCCAGUGAUCGGCUUUGAGGCAGUGGAGUCCCAGAACCUUCCAGGAAUCGCUCUGGACCGCAUGUGUCGACGGCCCAACUUCAACAGAGCACCCAAGGGAUGGGGAAUUGAUUACAGCCCCGAGUCUAAUGAACUAUGAAAAUGAGUUGAUAAGCAAAAGACUGAAGCAGUGACUUAUGCUUGCACCUCUCCUCUGACAAAGAUGCCCCUUGCUAAUCAGAGGGCAUGGGGAAAAAAUAACACUUGUGCAUGAUGUGAAGUGGUUUGCUACUGCUGAGUGGUUUGACCAGCUGGGGCAAACUCUGAACGCUGAAAUCAGUACAUUACACACUCUGACAAGCCCGAGACAAUGCUGCCACAGGCUGAUCAGUGAAACCUAUUCUUCCUGUCUGACACCUCUAGCAC